AUUGAUGAGAAACCAAACCGUAACUCCAAGUACAGUUGUCCUAACAGGUCGGAACCUCUUACACAUGUCAACUUCGGCCCACAUUAGUUUCACUAGUCUAGUUUGUCUUUGGCUACCAUAAACCCUUGAAAGUUAAAAACUUGACAAAAAAAAAAAAGCAUUUCUCUCUCUUCCCGUCGACUCCAUCUCCUAUAUCUUCUCCCUUUUCUGGGCUACGCCGCUGCUGCACUCUUCACCAUCAACAACAAGACUCUUCCUUUUUCUCUUUCAUCAGGUAUUUGUAUAAUGGAGAAGGAGAAUUCCGGCAUGGAUAUUUCAGUGGAAGAAAAAGAAAAACCCACUAUUGAUGAUUGUAAUGAAGUUAAUUCAAACCCUAAGAUUGUUAAUGGGGAAAAUUCUGAAGCUGUAGAUGAUGAUAAUGAUGAUGGUGCUGAACCAUCUGGUGAACAAAAAGGAGAAGUUGCGAAGAAGAAGAAGAAGAAAAAUAAAAGCAAGAAAAAGAAAGAAGCCGCCCAGGCACUCCAGCAAACAGAUCCCCCAUCCAUUCCUGUACUUCAGCUUUUCUCAUCCGGGGAGUUUCCAGAGGGUGAAAUUCAGCAGUACAAAGAUGACAACUUAUGGAGGGUAACAUCAGAAGAGAAGAGAGAGUUGGAGCGUCUUCAAAAGCCCAUUUAUAAUUCAGUUCGCCAAGCGGCUGAAGUUCAUCGCCAGGUUCGAAAAUAUAUCAGAAGCAUUGUGAAGCCAGGGAUGUUGAUGACAGACAUUUGUGAAACUUUGGAAGAUACAGUUCGUAGAUUAAUAUCUGAAAAUGGACUGCAUGCUGGCAUUGCCUUUCCUACUGGUUGCUCCUUGAAUUGGGUUGCUGCCCAUUGGACACCAAAUUCUGGAGACAAAACUGUGCUAGGGGAGAAUGAUGUGAUGAAAUUAGAUUUUGGAACUCAUAUCGAUGGAUACAUUGUUGAUUGUGCUUUCACCGUAGCAUUUAAUCCCAUGUAUGAUCCACUAUUAGAGGCUACACGUGAAGCAACCAAUACAGGGAUUAAGGAAGCUGGAAUUGAUGUACGUCUUUGUGAUAUUGGGGCUGCUAUCCAAGAAGUAAUGGAGUCAUAUGAGGUCGAAAUUAAUGGCAAAGUUUAUCAAGUUAAAAGUAUUCGAAACCUAAAUGGACAUAGCAUUGGCCAGUAUCAGAUCCAUGCUGGAAAGUCUGUCCCUAUUGUGAAGGGUGGUGAGCAGACAAAGAUGGAGGAGGGUGAAUUUUAUGCUAUUGAAACAUUUGGAUCGACAGGUAAAGGGUAUGUCCGAGAAGAUCUGGAGUGCAGCCACUACAUGAAGAACUUUGAUAUUGGGCAUGUCCCAUUGCGGCUACCUAGAGCAAAGCAGCUAUUGGCGACAAUUGAUAAAAACUUCUCUACACUAGCUUUCUGCAGGCGAUAUUUGGACCGCCUUGGGGAGACUAAAUACUUGAUGGGACUAAAGAAUUUGUGCGAUGUUGGCAUUGUUCAGCCGUACCCCCCUCUGUGUGACGUGAAGGGAAGUUAUGUGUCUCAAUUCGAACAUACAAUCUUACUUCGUCCUACUUGCAAAGAAGUUGUAUCAAGAGGUGAUGAUUAUUAACAUCACAAAACUAAUUGGAGCUGGAUGCUGGCUGUAUACUAAUCUUUCAGAAUUUACUUUUUUUUUUAGUGACUUUCAUACUCCCCAGCUGUUUUGUUCCUUGUUGAUACAUGUUUCCAAAGAAGCGUUUUAAUGUUAUAGUUUACUGGUGGAAAUGUAUACCACCUCUGGUUUUUUGGGUACCUUUGAGUACCUUUCCAUCAGCUUGUAUUGCAAAUUGGAUGACUUUGGACUUUGAGAGUUGAUAUUUAUUUGAUAGGAAAUGGCAAAAGGAGCUCAUUUUAAGGAGUA